CGAGUUUUAGUUAACUUUUUUCCCUUCAAAAAUCGUUUGGGUCGUUAAGUUUUAACCAAAAAGAGUGCAAGUUUUGUUUGAUGGAUUCAAGAGAGGAAGGACAAAUUAUGGCAGCAGCAAACUACUAUUCAAAGGACUUUGAAUGGGAUCAACUUCGCCAAGAAAUCGAAAAAGAUUCUUGUUUUGCUCACCAUUUGCUUCCUUUUCCAAAUCAAAAUACACAAAAUCAAGAAACCCAUUUGUCUUCUUUAUGUAGCCAACAAGAAGAUUCAGAAGCAUGGAACAAGUUUCAUACUCGCCAUUCCACUGGUAAAUUCUUUAAGGAGCGGCGGUACUUGCUUAAGGAAUUCCCAGAGCUAGCCUCGUGCAAGGAAUGCUCGACAGUUUUGGAGGUCGGUUGUGGAAAUGGUAGUACAGCUCUGCCAAUAUUACGUGGAAACACGAGCAUCUCUCUGUAUGCUUGUGACUGCAGCAAAGAGGCUCUUGAGAGAGCUAAAGAGAAUAUUGAAGCUGCUAAUAUAAACUUGGCUAAAGAACGUUUUUCCACAUUCCAAUGUGAUUUCUCUGCAAGUGGAUUUCCAAACUGGUUAAUUUGCACUUCUUGCCGUGAAAGUUUCUUCCAGAAGCAAAAUAUGUGCUUCACAGAUGCAAGAAGCUGUAGUAAGCAAGAUUUCCCCGAUCCACCGAUAUCUGCCAAGAACAAUAGCUGCAUUGGCGGAGUAGAUUUUGUUACCUUAAUAUUUACACUAUCGGCAGUGCCACUUCACAGGAUGUCGAGAGCAAUCACAGAAUGCUUCUCCGUUCUAAAGCCCGGAGGGCUGUUGUUAUUCAGAGAUUAUGGUCUUUAUGAUAUGACCAUGCUUCGGUUCGAACCAGAGCAAAGAGUAGGAUACAGGGAGUACAUGCGUUCUGAUGGAACAAGGUCUUACUUCUUUUGCUUGGAUAAUGUAAGAGAUCUCUUCUGUGGCACAGGAUUCAGUGAGCUUGAGCUUGAAUAUUGUUGUGUCCAGUCAGUAAAUCGACGGAAUGGGAAGAUCAUGCGAAGAGUAUGGAUUCAUGGGAAGUUCCAGAAGCCACAUGUCCACUUAGGUUAAUAACCUCGUGGUUUUGAUGGCAGAAAGUGAGCUUGCAAGCAGCUAAAUUAAUGUUCCUUGUGUUUAAGAAACUGAAAAAAGGAAGAUAAACAUGUGUUAUUUUUAACCCUUAAAUCGUCCUCCAACAGAGCUAAAUCUAUGAUGUGUAGAAGUGGAAUACUUGAGUAUAAUGUCAGUGCCUGAGAUUCCUUUUAAUGAAAGAUUCAGUCUUUUUCUAGCUAUGCAUGCAGAGAGGCACUUAGUCUGGUGAAACAUAUGAAGUAGUGCUGUGAUUGUAUGAUGAGAUGCAGAAAAAGAUGAGCAAAAAUUUGACAAGUUGGUCAUAUUCUUUAUGUUGACUUCAGCAGUUUGUUAUCUUGAGCUUGGGGCUGUUUUAAGGUCAGUUUACACUAUGAUGGUGCAGUUUAGUUUGAGAAGCUUCUCAAGGGUGAAUUAUUGUUGUUCCUUUGGAAGAGAAUUUAAUUGUGAAAAGUAAGUCAAACUUGAAGGCUGGAAGUAAAAGAUGUGUGUUUUCAAUUAAACUUUUUUACCUUGUCAUUAUCAGACAUUCAAACAUGGAAUAUAGAGGAUACUGCCAUGCUACAUUUAUGGAACGCAUGUAUCUGC